UGCUGGAGCGCUGCUCGGGGCCGGCGAGCUCGGAGUUCGCGGCUGGUUCCUGGGGCUCCUCCGGGCUCUCGCUCCCGAAGUCCCGUCCGAGGCGAGCCAUGGCGGCCGAGGAAGAGCUGCUGAUCAACGUGAGCUCCUCGCCUCCUCCCGCCUCCGCGGGGCGAAGGAGAUCCUCAGAGGCUCAGCCGGUCAAGGGAAAGCAGCAGCGUAAGGCUCUGAAAAGAACAUUCCGGUGGCUGGAGGAAGGCAUGCCCCCAAAGCAGAAGUUACACUUGCCUCCACCCCAAGCCAAGAAAUGGGCGAUGGACCCUCCAAGGGGCGUCAAGGGAUUGGGCCCACCAAAGUCUCCUCCCAAGAACUCCUUGCCUGAGGGGAAGGGCAGCAGUGCAAGCAGCAGCAGGCCAUCGGUGAAAACGUCCUCUCUCUUCAGAAACAACCCGGAAAUCCCAGACCUGCAGAGGACUCCAGUGGAACAAGUGCAGGAGAGCGUCUUCACUUCCGAUUCCUUUGAUCAGAUCGGCCUCCAUCCCCACUUGGCUUCAACAAUAACAUCUGUUUUGGGAAUGUCUAGCAUGACCAGUGUUCAGAGGCAGGCCAUUCCCGUACUGAUGCAAGGGAAAGAUGCGCUGGUGAGAUCGCAGACUGGUUCAGGUAAAACGCUUGCCUAUGGGAUCCCUCUUAUCCAAUCCUUGCAAAGAAUGGAGCCAAAAAUAAAGCGCAGCGAUGGGCCGUAUGCCAUUGUCCUGGUUCCAACGCGAGAACUGGCCCUCCAGAGCUUUCAGACGAUCCAGAAAUUGCUGAAGCCCUUUACCUGGAUUGUGCCCGGCGUGCUGAUGGGAGGAGAAAAGAAGAAAUCGGAAAAGGCCAGAUUACGCAAAGGCAUCAAUAUACUGAUUGCCACUCCCGGCCGCCUGGUGGACCACAUCAACUCCACCAAGUGCAUUCAUUUCCACCAGGUCCGGUGGCUGAUUCUGGACGAGGCCGACAGGAUCCUGGACCAGGGCUUUGAGAAGGCUGUCGCUGCGAUCCUGAAUGCUGUAAACGCGGACAACGAGAAGCGGCAGAAUGUUCUGCUGUCGGCCACGCUUACAGACGGCGUCGCGAGAUUGGCCGAUAUCAGCUUGCGCGAUCCAGUCUGCAUCUCUGUCGCGGAAGACGUGGGGGGCAAAGCGUGCCCUACGGGGGUUGUCGGAGCUCUUCCUGCCAGCAUGGAAUGUGAUGGUUUUGCCGUGCCGGAGAAACUGCAGCAACACGUCGCGGUGGUUCCGAGCAAGCUGCGGCUGGUGACCCUGGCCGCGUUCCUCCUGGGGAAGUGCAAGUUUGAAAAAUGCAACAAGAUGAUCGUCUUUUUCUCCAGCUGCGAGCAGGUGGAGUUUCAUCACACGCUUUUCCAGAAGGCCCUGGCCGAGGGACCGGAGACGGGGGGCUUGGCGCCUCCUCUCUUUCCCCCUUCGCCUUUGAAGUUCCAGCGUCUGCACGAUGACAUGAAGCAAGAGGAGAGGACAAUGAUCUUCCAGGACUUCCUGCAAUCAAAGGCUGGGGUUUUGCUCUGCACGGACGUCGCAGCUCGAGGACUGGACCUCCCGCAGGUCACCUGGAUUGUUCAGUAUAAUCCUCCAGCUUCUCUUGCCGAAUACAUCCACCGAAUUGGGAGGACGGCUCGGAUUGGCAGUCGCGGGAACAGCCUGCUCAUCCUCGCUCCUUCAGAGGCGGAAUAUGUCAGCGUGUUGGCUUCUCACAAGAUUAACGUUUCGGAACUGAAGAUGGAGGCCAUCCUGUCCUACCUAAUGAAAGAUAACCGUUUCGUGGGAGACCGAGGGGGAAAUAAGAAACUCCACGGUGCAGACCCUCAGGAAGUGCGGCGCAGAGCCACUGUCUUGCAGACUGAAUUUGAGAACUUCGUGCACUCCAACGUGGGAACUGUCCAGCGAGCCAAAAAAGCUUUGCAGUCCUUCAUUCGUUCGUACGCAACAUACCCAGCCAGCCUCAAGCACAUCUUUCACAUCAAGUUGCUUCAUUUGGGCCACGUGGCCAAGAGCUUUGGACUUCGGGAUGCCCCCAAGAAUCUCAGCACCCCCGCUGUUCCAAAGCAGGGGAAGAAUCAAAGGAAGAAAAGGCCUGACCUUCUCAGGAAGACUUGGGGCAACCGCCGUCUGGCCGAAAUGCUGCAGUCUGAAUACUCGAGUGGGUUGGGCUCCAGCACAUCCCGGGCCAAGAGGAAGAAAGGACCGAGGAGACCUGGGAGUCCAGAGCCCCAGCCCUGAGCUGGCCAUUCGUCACCUCGUCUGCGGAAACAGACCCUCGAGAGAAUCGCUGGGGACGGGGAGCAGCAGAAUGCCCUCUGGGAGGGCAACAGAGGAGGAUGGGAAGAUGUCCCUCCCCCCCAAAGGCUGAGCAAAGGAACUGGCUGCAUUCCAACGCCGCCGCCUCCGCCCUCGAAGGGACUCUGCAGCAAUUAAAGGUGCAUUUCCCCCAAGGCAUCUGCUUGUCUUGCAGUCCUCAAUUCAGACUGGUUGCUUGUGAGAACAACAGAGUGCAAGGGGGCGGUGGGGGAGGGGGGGAGUCAGUGGCAGAAUCUGCAGCCCCUAAAAUCUAAACUGGCCAUCAGGCUGGUCUGAGUGAGCUCUUGGACAGGAGAGCCCAAAGAAACCCGACUGCUUGCCAGCACGGCUCUGGACUGCUUCGAUACUCCUUAGUUCAGACCUUAGGUUGGUCUGUAGGCUCUUCGGUGACAGGGUCAGCCCCCCUCCCCCUUUGCAUGGCCUGGAAUACUUGCUGGGGUUGAAACCUCCAGUUUGGAAGAGGAGGAGAUUGGAUUUAUUACC